UCGAUACAUCGCCCUCGCUUCUCUCUCACAUUUUCGCUUCUUGAAAGUAAAGCACAGCGCACACAAAUUUCAAGUCAAUUUUAUCUUUUCGAAAAAAUAAUACCGAAUGAAAGAUGCAAAAAAUGAAUAAAUUAAGAAACGGAGGAAGAAUAAAUAAAAUAGUGCGCUAUGUUUUACUGGAUUUAAACCCAGCGGGCUGUUUUUAUAGAAAAAUAUUAUAAUACGGAGGAUGUGGUGGUGGUGGUGGAACGAGUUCGGUGCGGAUCUUCGCGGUGGCUUUUAUUUAAUUCCACACGCAAACGGAAUACAGCUUACUGUCUGCAAAUGUAUGUUCCUAAUAACAUAGUUACAGUUAAACACAUCGGGAAUUACCGUAGGAAAUGAAUUAAAAUUUGGAAUAUUCCAAGCAAGGACAAAACUUAAUUGCACGAAUUAUUCAAUGCGUUACGUGUAUUUUCUAAAAGAUUGCCUGGACAAUAAAUUCAGAUACGGUUUUCACUGAGCAUACGAUUUCCUACGGUAUCUCGAUGUACUAAUUAACAUUUCCUCUACAAAGAAUAAAAUAAAAAAACAAAAAAAACAUGCAUAAGUACUAGCAACCGGUGAAUGUGUCAGGUAAUCUUCGCGGCGAUGAUCAGCACGGUAUACGGGUUGGUGAUGGUCGCGGUGAUCGUCGCUAUCGCGAUUAACAUCGCCCACGAUGGUCUGCUGUCGCCGAUCGCGAUAUUCCUAAUGAUGAUAGUAGGCGAGUUCGUGAUUGCUGCGUUACUGCAUCCCUCGGAGAUACAGUGCCUAAUGCACUGCUUGAUGUACUACAUCACGGUGCCAUCGAUGUACCUGCUGCUUAUGAUUUACUCGAUUUGUAACCUGGAUAACAUUACCUGGGGCACAAGGGAGGUCCAGAUUAAGAAAACCCAAGCGGUAACUAUCUGCACAACCGACUAAUAAUUCUAACAAUUACAAAUCGUUCUAAUACGCUUGUCACCUUCCUUUUUUUACAUAAUUUUAUUUAAAAUUAACUUUUCAUUAAAUUUCUGCACACGUGGAAUAAUUAGAAGGUUACCUCGCUUCGAUAGCGUAGCCCUUAUUUUAGAAUCUCUGCGAUGAACGAAUGUUAAUGAAUGAAUAGGA